AUGAAGAGAUACCGGAUGACGAAUAUGAGCGUGUCUCGUCUGGCCGUCCAUCCAAAUGCAUGCAUUCAAACUCGAAGAAUGAUUCGCAUCGCACAGAAAGAUUUUUCGGACAGUUCACAUGAGGAAACGUUUGGAGGUUUUUAUGAUGUGCUGUUGGACAUGCGAAUGCAACAGCAAGAGGUCCUGGCAGACGUCAACAAGUUGCCACAAAAUGCCGCAUACAUGAAAUUCAGGAAGGAUUUGGGAGACAGGUUCACCACUUCAGUCGACAAAGCUGAUAAAAAUCUCUCUGCACUUUUGAACAACAUGUUGAAACUGCAGAAAAUUUUCACAAAACAUGAUGGCAUCACUAUGAAAUUGAGUUCUUCAAAAUCUGGAAAAGUUGAUAAUAACAAUGCAGAUGAUGAGGAAAUCGUGAGUGAUGAAGAUGACGAAAUGGCUGGUGGUGAAGAUAAUUUAAAAGAGGACGAUGAUGAAGAAGAUGGCGAUGGAGAAGAUGAUGAAGAAGAAGAUGACGAAGACACUGAUGAUGUUGAAGAGGACGGAGAGGAUGUGGAUGAGGAACUUGAUGAUGGGAAACAUGAUGACAGUGAUAAUAAUGAAGAAGAGGGAGAUGAUAAUGUGGAAAAGAUCAGAGGUAGAAGUUCUAACAUAGAUCAUAUUGGUAGAAAGAUAAGAGAAAAUUAUUCCUCCUUUGAUGCCACAAAGUAA